AUGAGACCGACCCCUAGACCCUACGGCCUGAGACCGACCCCUAGACCCUACGGCCUGAGACCGACCCCUAGACCCUACGGCAUGAGACCGACCCCUAGACCCUACGGCCUGAGACCGACCCCUAGACCCUACGGCAUGAGACCGACCCCUAGACCCUACGGCCUGAGAUCGACCCCUAGACCCUACGGCCUGAGAUCGACCCCUAGACCCUACGGCCUGAGAUCGACCCCUAGACCCUACGGCAUGAGACCGACCCCUAGACCCUACGGCCUGAGAUCGACCCCUAGACCCUACGGCCUGAGAUCGACCCCUAGACCCUACGGCCUGAGAUCGACCCCUAGACCCUACGGCCUGAGAUCGACCCCUAGACCCUACGGCAUGAGACCGACCCCUAGACCCUACGGCCUGAGACCGACCCCUAGACCCUACGGCCUGAGACCGACCCCUAGACCCUACGGCCUGAGACCGACCCCUAGACCCUACGGCCUGAGACCGACCCCUAGACCCUACGGCAUGAGACCGACCCCUAGACCCUACGGCCUGAGAUCGACCCCUAGACCCUACGGCCUGAGAUCGACCCCUAGACCCUUCGGCAUGAGACCGACCCCUAGACCCUACGGCCUGAGACCGACCCCUAGACCCUACGGCCUGAGACAGACCCCUAGACCCUACGGUCUAUGA